AAGGCUGUUGCACUCUGUUUUCAAUAAGAUUUUUUGGGGUGGAUCAGCUGGAGAUGGGAGACCCCUCAGAUGUAAGCCUGACUCCAGAGGAGCGUGUUCGGGCUCUAACUAAAAAAGGCAGCUCUGUGGAAGUCAGUGAUGAUGUUCCUCCUCGGCGAUACUUCCGUUCCGGCAUGGAGCUAAUCCGCAUGGCCCAUGUGUAUACAGAAGAGGGCAACAUCGAGCAUGCCUUCAUCCUCUACAACAAAUAUAUCACAUUGUUCAUUGAGAAACUUCCCAAGCAUCGGGAGUACAAAACUGCCAACAUUCCAGAGAAGAAGGAUACACUCAAGAAACUGAAGGAUAUAGCAUUUCCCCAAGCAGAGAUCCUGAAAAAAGCACUUUUGAAAAGAUUUGAACUAGAAUAUUCAAAUUAUCUACUAAAAAAGAAAGCGGAGGAGGAGGCUCUGGCCCAGGAGCAGUCGAGGCAGCAGGCACUGGACGCGGAGCGGGUGCGCGUGGCUGAGAUGCUGCGCAGACAGAGAGAGCAGGAGCAGUUCAGUGCCUUUGAAGAGAUGAUCCGCCGCCAGGACCUGGAGAAAGAGCGCCACAAAGUCCUGUUGGAGUUUGCCACACCUGUGACUCCUGUGACUCCUGUGACCCCUGGCCCAGACACACCACUUCUUCCUGGUAUCAUGGGCCCCCCAGCACUGGGUCCCAGCGCUCAAGCCAGCAUCACAAACCCACAGCACCAGCAUUCAGCUGUCAGCUCCCCCACACCCGUCCCUCCUGCUUUUGACCGCUCGCUGAAGCCUGGCUCUCUCAGCCACAGCGGCAGCAAUACAAUGGUAGAUGCCCUGCGCCAGCUGUUUAUACCCUCAGAGCUGUGCCAGAGGUUUCUGCAGUUGGCAGAGGCCAAUACCAUCCGAGCAGUGGAAACAUGUGGCAUUCUUUGUGGCAAAUUGACAAGAAAUGCCUUCACAGUGACCCAUGUGAUUGUUCCAAAGCAAUGUGGAGGCCCUGACUACUGUGACACAGAGAAUGAGGAGGAACUCUUCCUCAUACAGGAUCAGUAUGACCUCAUUACUCUAGGCUGGAUACAUACCCACCCCACUCAAACGGCCUUCCUGUCCAGCGUGGACCUGCACACGCACUGUUCCUACCAGAUGAUGCUGCCCGAGGCCAUCGCCAUUGUCUGCUCACCUAAAUUCAAUGAAUUUCUGGGGGCUUGAAUUUGCUCGAAAAUUCUACUCUUCAAAUAUGAGGGCAUCUUUGAAGGACUGUGGAAAGUGCAAUGUUAAAGACAGAGGUUUGAUAUUGAACAUACACCUUUUAUUUUAAAAUUGAGCCUCUGUGAUGCACGCUCUACAAGACAUUAAGUGUUAAAAAUGGAAAAAAUUAAUUUGGUGCCAUCUUUACCGUGUUAUACCAAAAAAAUGACAGCACCCAUUUUUUUUAACAUAUCCAAAAUUUGUGAUGGUGUUCUGCCUUAUUUUUGCAAAAUGAAUUUUUGAAAAUAUGGUGUCCGCAUACACGCAGAGCAUUCAUGGACUAUGAAAGCACUUUCAGAAGUCAAGAAAACACUCUGAAUAUUUAACACACAUCUUAAAUUUUUAAAAAUGCUUGAUUUGAUUACUCAACUACUGUAAAUUAUCUCAACUCUUUGAAACUUUCAGAUGUUUUGGUGUAACACUCCUGAAUUGUAAAUAAGCAUCCUGUUGUAGUGCUAGAAACAUCUAUUUUAGAAAUGAUGUGUUGUAAAGGUACCCAGCCCUAAUCUAUGGAAGCCCUGAGCCACAAGUGUAAGAACACCAUCACAAAUUUUGGAUAUGUUAAAAACAGACAUCUAGUCUUUCUAAAACAGUCCAUUUUAUGUUGGUGGGUGCUGACAUUUUUUUGGUAUAACAUGGUAAAGAUGGCACCAAAUUUAUUUUUUCCAUUUUUAACACUUAAGAUCUUCUAGAGCAGGGGUCUCAGACUCGCGGCCCGGGGGCCAACUGCGGCCUGCGGAAGGAUUUUUUGCGGCCCUCCACUUGAUUCCAAAGAAUAAUGUCAGUGCGGCCCGCGGUAGAUGUAUGCACAAUCCCACCCCCCUACCGCGGGCCGCACUGACAGAUGAAGCUGCAAUCGGUGCCCAUACAGAUUCACAACAGAUUAUUAACGCAGUUUACAUCCCAAAACUCAAUUUACAGCAGUUGUGAAGCAACAAGUUUAAGUGGAUCUGUUAAUACAAGUACACGUGCACAUACGGCAUCGCCGAAGAACCAAAACAAACCACACAUGGUGGUACACGUGUGCACACUUCACUUUACGCUCCCACAGCCACAGUAUCAGAGUGCAGAGGAGGCGCUGACAGAAUUCCCCUGUUCAUAAGUAUGGGACCUUUAUUGGAGAGGCUAAUAAGAAAUAAAAAGACACUGACAGUCUGUUUACCUGCUCAACACUCUGUGCGUAACUUGCUGGCAACCCGAUGACCAAGCUCCACCUGUGCGUCGCCGAAAUCCACGCGCACUCAGCGGCAAACACAGCUGUCCCAUCAAUAUGCAAGCACCACAAAACUGCAGUGAUCUAUUCCAGAGGCUUGGCGACAUGUUAGCAAAAAGUACUAGGCAAAAACAAGCGUCUUCCAUCCAUGUUUGACAUACGAGAAGCAGAUACACUCCAGUGUGGUCCGCAUUCACACCGGCAAACGAACCAAAAACUGGUCCGAUUAACGAGCCUCUAUAUCCCGGUAGAACAGCGAUAUCUCCAGUAACCAAUACUGAUGUUCCCUGUUAAUACCGCGGGCCGUCCUCAUCUUAUCACCAUGAACUCAUAAAACAGCAACAUGUAGAACUUUGUACAAACUCACCGCAUCAGUCCUGAGUUCGGGAAACAGCAGCAGCCGACAGCGCUCACAGUAGCGCGCAGCUCCUCAGGACGGCCCUGGGGUCUGGUCCUUGGUCUUCUGUCGUCCUACAAGCGCGUUGGUCAGAUGGUCCGGAGGCUCUGUCCUCCAUGUGCUGGUUCCAGAUGGUGGCGAGCAAGACCAGUGCGCAAUGACUGGGUCUGAACGGGUACGUUCCGCCGUCUGCGCGCUGGUUCCGUGUUCCGUGCGGGGAAAGCGAAAAUGCGCUGUGGACUACCUACAGGUCUGUGCUGCUCCUGUCCUCCGCGCUCAAGAACCGCGGCUGGUUCCGAGGUGGAGCAAAGCAUCUGGACAGAAGUGUGAAUCCAGUUUAGUUGGUGUCCGCAUUUGGUUCUUCCCGGGAAAAGCGCUUUUCGCUCCCCGCUCCACGUCAUCUGAGCCUGGACAGAACCGGAGCUGCUCCUGCUGGUUCAGGACUCCGGUUUGGAUCUAGUCCGACUGUAUUUCUCACACUAGGCUAAAAGCAGGACAUUUUUUAAAGGUGAAUCAACUGAAUGGGCGAUUGCCUAUUGCCAUAAAAUUAUUUGGUUAAUUAAAGCCUAAAAUAACAAAUGCUGGUUCCUACAUGAUCACGGGGAACACCGGGAUCUCUCUGUGCGUGCAGGUCCUGAACAGAAGUACACACCCCCAAUUUUGACUCACUCUGGAACCACACGUUCGCACAUACUUGCUCUGAUCUUCGUGUGUUACAUUCUCUGUAUUGGCCAUUGUUGGUAAAAUAAUUCGAAAAUGAAUCGCGGCUGCGUCUGGACAACAAUCUGUUACUGCGCUGGAGUCGUACAGCGUGUCAUUACAGGCAGGAGACGCGUUUCUCCCAUGAUGCAUCUAGAAUAGUUCGUUUGGACCUGCUGUCUAUGGUUUGGACCCGGGUUCGCGUUCACACCAGAGGAACCGCACCAAAGUUGGUCAUUUGGGUGCGGAUUCAAGCGAACCGAGACCACCUCUUUUUGAGGUCUCGGUCCACUUGAGUUGGUCCGGGUCCAAGUCCGAUUGACGCUUUCACACCAACGCAAAGGAACCGAACUAACCACUUCUGGUUCGAAUGGAUCGUUUGGUGCGCACCAAAUACUGUUGGUGUGAAAGCACCUAUACAGGUCAAGGCUCACUGAUGAGCAUCUUCAGUCUAUCCUGAGGAUCUGCUUCCUCCUGCAAGCCAAAUAUCUCUCAGCUGUACAAGAUGAAUCGUAGCCAGGUUUCAACCAGCAAGGAGUAGGCAAAAGAAGAAGAGUAGACGUAUUAGUUUAAACUUACGUUCUGAAUACAUUUUCAUGUUCUGAACUGUUAUUAAAGAUUAAGAAAGUGUGUUGCA